AUGAGCGAGAAACUACCUCACUUUGCGCCACCGGCCCCGACCGCAAGGCGAGGGCGCCACUGGAAGCCUGCCUCAUUUGUAGCCUUCGCUCUUCUAUCGCUGGCCGCCUUGCACCAUGGAUUCAAGAGGUUCACUUGCUCCCAUGCACCUCUUUCCCACCCGGAAGCAGUAGAGAGGAGCUUCUCGUGGUCCGAGAUUGAACCAAGCAGAACAUUGGACUGGCACAAGUGUUUCGAUAAGCAGUAUGACUGCGCUCGCUUAGACGUGCCGCUCAACUGGCUGGAACCCUCGGAUGCUCAGCGAGCCAUCAUUGCUGUUAUCAGACUGCGGGCCACUGAGACAGCCGACUACCGCGGCGCCAUGAUAUUCAAUCCUGGUGGCCCUGGUGGUUCGGGAGUAUGGGCAUUGAAAGAUCACGGCGAGCAUCUUCAGACAGUCGUCGGAAAGAACCAUGACAUCAUUUCAUUUGAUCCACGUGGAAUUGGCGCUUCAGUUCCGAGAAUCGAGUGCUGGGACUCACCGCAGAAGAAGCAGUUCUGGGACAACCAGGAGGUUCCAGUUAUUGAUGCCCACCCAGGUGUGCUCUACGACGCGUUCGCUCGCUCUAUUGCGUACUCUGUGAACUGCCAAACAACAUUGAGGGAUACCGCCAUUCUAGAGCACUCUAGCACAGCAUCGCAUGCACGGGACAUGCUGGAGAUUCUCAACCAGCUCGGCCAAGACAAACUGCUCUACUGGGGCUUCAGUUACGGCACUGUGCUUGGCGGAACUUUUGCCGCCAUGUUCCCCGACCGAGUUGGCCGUCUUGUUAGCGAUGGGAAUGUCGACUACCGCGAGUGGUACCUGGGCGAGCAUAUCAACUUCAUCCGCGACACCGACAAAGUUAUGAAGUACUUUUACGAGACGUGCCACGAAGCCGGUCCACUUAACUGCGCCUUCUACCAAUCAUCUCCCAAGGCAAUCGAGGACCGGCACUGGAAGCUGCUGGACAGUCUGAGGGUCAACCCUGUUCUCCUCCCGGCAGGUGAGAGCGGUCCGGAAGUUCCGGAGCUUGUAACCUACUCCAAGAUCAAGCGCCUUACAUCGACGACUUUGUAUCGUCCCAACUACUUCUUCAAGCCAUACGCUGAGAUCCUCGCUGCUCUGGAAAAGGGAGAUGCGCAACCAUACUACAAAUUUGUUGCAGGUGGCCGGGCACCGAUUGACUCGCUCUGCUUGGCUGAGACUGUCCCGCCAUCGGUUCCACUGACGAGCGGGGCUGAAGGCACCGAUGAUGCCUUCCCGGGUGUGUUAUGUUCUGAUGGAGAGCCAUUCACGGACAACGUCACACAGUUCGAGGAGUAUGCAAAAAAGGUUCAAGAACUCAGCACGUCUGCGGGUGCUGUCAAUGUUCUGUUCCGCAUCUCAUGCGCCGGCAGAACUGUCCGACCCGUAUACAGAUUUUCAGGGCCAUUCGAAGCAAACACCAGCUUCCCCAUCAUGUUCAUCGCCAACCACGCCGACAAUGUUACGCCGCUGAUCAGCGCCCGAAACAACUCGGCUGGCUUUCCUGGCUCUGUUGUUCUCAUUCAGAACUCUUACGGUGUACGUCGUCAACCACUGCUCAUCAGGGGUGCUCUGUACAAAGGCUAA